AUGUCGGGUCAGCUAGUAAUUACACAAAAAUUACGAAAUGAUGGGAAAAUAAACGAUGAUAUUUAUUUGAAUAUAACUCAAUUGAUAACAAAAUAUAAAUAUUGCGUGGAAGUGUAUGAGGUUAUCACGCCAGAUGGAUAUAUAAUAAAAAUAUUCAGGAUACCAGGAAAUGGUGCUAUUGUCUUCCUUAUGCAUGGUAUAAUAAGUAGUGCAGAUGACUGGAUAUCCGGUGGAGUGGAAAGCGGACUGGCGUAUCUUCUAGCACAGCUGGGCUAUGAUGUAUGGAUGGGUAAUGCAAGAGGAAAUAAGCAUUCAAGAUCUAACAUUUAUAUGGACCCAUCAGAAAAGAAAUUCUGGGAUUUUAGUUUCCAUGAAAUAGGUAUGAUAGAUGUACCAACAAUGAUUGAUUUUGUACUGGAAAAAACGAACAAAUCUUCAUUAAUAUACAUCGGCCACUCACAAGGCACCACAGCUUUCUUUAUUAUGUGUUCUUUAAGGCCCGAGUAUAAUAAAAAAAUAACCUUAAUGAUAUCAUUGUCACCUAUCGCAUGGUUAUCACACAUGAAAAGUCCCGUUAAAACUUUAAAGCUAUUUUAUGGGGAAUUAGUAUUUCUGGCAUCAUCUUUAGGAGUUGUUGAAUUGCCCGUGAUUUACAAUCAUUUUCCAUCGGGUUCAUCAUUUAAGCAAAUACAGCAUUUUGCACAAUUAGUGUUAUCUGGUGAUUUUAGACAAUUUGAUUAUAAAGUGAAAAAUAUUGAAAAAUAUGGAUCAUUAACACCUCCGUCUUAUCCUGUAGAAAAAAUAACAGCACCAGUUGCAAUAUUCUAUGGGGAAGGCGAUUGGCUCUCUGACGUCAGUGAUGCCCAAAUUUUAAAAUCUCGCUUACCGAAUUUAGUUGAAUUUUACCGAGUAGAGGAUGACCACUUUUCUCACUUUGAUUUUAUUUAUGCUGCUGAUACGAAAAAUUUAUUAUUAGCAAAUAUUUUAAGAUUAAUAAAAAAGAUUCACUGAUAUAUUCAGAUUUAAUGUUUUAAUGUUAAUGUUU